UAAAUUGCAGGAGGGAAAAAAAGUUAGAGGUCGGGGGAGUGUGACGUGGCGGAGGCCUGCCCCUCGGAUCCAGAUCAUGACGCCGUUACAAGAGAAAACCGCCGUCAUCUCCCGUUCCCGCCAACGACCGUGAUAACAGAGAACGUGGGAGGACAAGACAAAAACCCGCCUCCAAGAAAAAAGCAGGAAUGUUAGAAAUUUUCCAAUAACCAAUGAUGGCGAGGGAGAUUGAAGAGCCGUUUCGCCUAAGCUUCCAGGAAGCUAUUUCUAUCCACUCAGGAUCCAUAUCUUUCGGAAGAUUCGAGAAUGAAUCUUUGUCAUGGGAGAGGAGGUCAUCCUUCUCCCACAAUAGGUAUCUUGAAGAGGUUGAGAAGUGUUCUAAGCCCGGCUUAGUUACUCAGAAGAAAGCCUAUUUCGAGGCUCAUUUCAAGAAAAAGGGGAUUCGAUUUCCAGGUUCAUUGCAAGAUCAGAUGUGGGCACUUCAGCAAACUCAUGAUGUUAACGCAAAAGAAGAUUAUUACGUGCCCGAAAGAAACAUUUUUUGUGAGUCUGAUCCGGAGAACACGGGCCAGUUUGACAGUCCUUGUGAUCAAGGGAUGGAGGGCGCUGUUGAAAGUAAUCAUUGCGCCAGUUAUGAUGAUAGCCUUGGGAGUUCAGAUGUUGCACUUGAGCUUAUUGAUAAAGAAGAUGUUGCUUUAGACAGUACUCAAGUUUCAGUGGAAAGCGUUGAUGAAGAAGAUAACUGUGAGGAACUUAGGUGUCCGGAGAUGCCUAUAGAUAUUGUGGUAAAAGACGGAGGUAUGGAUGAACAACCCUCAGCUGAGUCUGUUGAUCCUUGUGCCGCGGCUGAACAAACAAGAUCAAAGCGUGGUCAAGAUGUUCCACCAAAGCCUCUCCGUGCUUCAAAAGGAUCCUUGUCUGCUCCCCGACCGAAAUCUUGGGAAAAGGCCAGGCAUUUCGAGAAACGUGUUCCACCUGAAUCGACUAAAGCUUCUAUAAAGGUACAGAACACAUCGGAAAAAGCUUCUCUUGGAAGAGCAAAGGGUUCUCUAUCUUCUACUUCAAAAAUCCAUAGUAAGAGUGAAAAGGAAUUAAGGCCAAAGAGAACUGUCAAAACCGUGGAAUCUCCACCUCUGACUUUGAAGAAAACCGGGAGCCGAACUCCUCUGGCUACAAACAGGUGCAAGCUUGGAAUUGACUCCGCUAAGCAACAGAAGGGGACUGGUACUGUUGGUUUCCAUUUCAAAAGUGGCGAACGAGCUGAAAAGAGAAAAGAGUUCUAUAUGAAGCUGGAGGAGAAAAUACAUGCUAAAGAAGUUGAGACGAACAGAGUCCAGGCAACAACACAGGAAAAGUUGGAAGCGGAGAUGAAGCAGUUCCGCAAGAGCAUAAACUUCAAAGCAACACCAAUGCCGUCAUUCUACAAUAGAGCAGAGCCUGGUAACAAGUCUGGGCCACGAAAAGGCACACGACACAACCCAACGAGCAGUGUGAAUGGAGGAGGAGCUCACAAUGGCCUCUGGGGAUGAGACUGAACCGAUCGAUCAUCGUUCAUUCGUCAGGAAAGAGUAGCAGUCAAAAGGAGGUGGUUUCUGGGCGCGAGGGAUUAGACGUGUGGCGUGAGAAAUCUCUGCUUUGUUAACCGUUCUAAUUUAGUUGUAGAAUCUACUUCUUCCGAGGAGAAUAAGGAAAGACGACGCGCGGUAGCACUCGGCCCUGGAUGACCAAAGUUUGUAGACGUUCUAAAACUUUUUCUUUCCCUUCACUACUGUACGGGCCGAAGUUACCCAAAGCAGUGAAGUUAUCAAGAUGGUGGGCUUAUACUGUUCCAAGGGUUGCGACAUAACAAUACGAAGUGAUCAAUUAUUACCUUGUAUAUGUAUACAAACAUGCUACAAGUGCAGCGUAUUCAUUCUGAAAGUAAAAGCACUACAAAAGGGUUUUAUUUAUUA